AUGGCGAGUGGAAAGAUAUACGCAAUCUCCGAUCUUCAUGUCGAUCAGUUGGAGAAUAUGAAAUGGGUUGAAGGACUUUCGGAUGGGAAAUAUUUAAAUGACACGAUCAUUGUCGCUGGCGAUAUCACGCAUGUUUUAUCGAAACUCGCUCUAACGUUGAAAGCAUUGAAGUCGAAAUUCAAGGAUGUUUAUUACUGUCCAGGUAAUCAUGAAUUAUGGACUCAAUCGUGCAGGGAGGACAACGAAUUACAAGUGGAUAAUUCGAUUGAAAAAUUUCAUCACAUAAUCGAACUUUGCGACACUAUCGGUGUUCGAACUCGACCUGGUAUCACUGAGCAAGGAGUAACAAUUAUACCUCUAUUCGGAUGGUAUGAUGAAAGUUUGCACAUACCAGGUCCGGAACUCGAAAGUGAUAUUCGACUUUGGAGUGAUUACCAUCGAUGCGUUUGGACUGAUGUAAGUGAAAAACGGACUGUUUUAUUCUAUUUGAAAUGUUUUCUGAUACAAAAAGAAAAAACUAAACAGGAGGUGCCUCGAGGCAAAGCAGCUGAAUAUUUCGUGAAACUUAAUGAAGCAAAUCUGCUCGAUUUCCAAGACAAAACGAAACAUCCAAAGAUAAUUACAUUUUCACAUUUUCUCACCAGCAAAAAACUAAUGGAAGCUUAUCGUGAUGAGAUGCAACGACGACGCGCAUAUGCGAGGAAGAGCGAAAAGCAGACAGCUGGUGAACAAGAACGAACCAGUGCAGUGAGAAAAGCAAAUUUCUCAUUAGUUGCAGGAACAGAACUACUGGACAAACAAUUACAAGUGAUCAAACCACAAAUACACAUAUUUGGUCAUAGUCAUCGCAAAAUGAUCCUGAACAUUGGCGAUGAAAUCAGAUAUGUGAACAAUCCACUAGGGUAUACUUAUGAAAGAGAUUCGAGAUUGAUCGAACCACCAUAUGAACUUUAUGAAAUAGUUUUAUAA